UGUAACAAGCCUAGUGCUGAGGAAUCCAGAAAUUUGAAGACUAUGUAAAUACAUUAACAAACUUUUUUCUGAUUGUUGGAAGAAGAGAGAAAGCCAAUGAAUUCUUUAUGAAAGAUGUUGUAAUGUAGGAAUAUGUUGAAGAAAUCAUAAAGAAGAAACAGCUAACCUGUCCAGGAUGAGGGCAGCCGAAAUAAGACAGUUCGGAGACAACUUGAAGCAGACAUCUCAGGUCUGUGAACUUCACUGUGGAUACAGAAUUCAGGUUUGCCAUAUGUGUCAUUGGCUCAGCAGAUGGCACCACCUAGUCCAAGCAACAGCACCCCUAACAGCAGCAGCGGGGGGAGUAACGGAAAUGACCAGCUGAGCAAAACCAACCUCUACAUCCGAGGAUUGCAGCCAGGCACGACUGACCAGGACCUUGUCAAGCUGUGUCAGCCGUAUGGCAAGAUCGUCUCCACCAAGGCCAUCCUGGACAAGACCACAAACAAGUGCAAAGGCUAUGGCUUCGUGGAUUUUGAUAGCCCCUCGGCCGCCCAGAAGGCUGUCACAGCCCUGAGAGCCAGCGGUGUGCAGGCACAGAUGGCAAAGCAACAGGAGCAGGACCCCACCAAUCUGUACAUCUCCAACCUGCCGCUGUCCAUGGACGAGCAGGAACUGGAAGGGAUGCUAAAGCCCUUUGGCCAGGUCAUCUCCACCCGCAUCCUACGGGACACCAGCGGGACCAGCAGAGGGGUCGGCUUUGCAAGGAUGGAGUCCACCGAGAAGUGUGAAGCCAUCAUCACCCACUUCAAUGGAAAAUACAUCAAGACACCCCCUGGAGUACCAGCCCCAUCUGAUCCUUUGCUUUGCAAAUUUGCUGAUGGCGGACCUAAGAAACGACAAAACCAAGGAAAAUUUGUGCAAAACGGAAGAGCCUGGCCAAGGAGUGGCGACAUGGGUGGUAUGACCUUGACCUAUGAUCCCACUGUAGCUCUGCAGAAUGGGUUCUACCCAGCCCCUUACAACAUCGCCCCCAACAGGAUGCUUGCUCAGUCGGCACUGCCCCCCUACCUUCCAUCUCCCGUGUCUUCCUAUCAGAGAGUGACUCAGACUUCUCCUCUGCAAGUCCCUAACCCAUCCUGGGUGCAUCACCAGUCAUACCUCAUGCAGCCUUCGGGCUCAGUUCUGACACCAGGAAUGGAUCACCCUAUUUCACUGCCACCAGCCUCUAUGAUGGGACCCCUCGCCCAGCAACUGGGCCACCUCUCCCUUGGCAGCACAGGCACGUACCUGCCGACGGUGGCAGCCAUGCAAGGAGCUUAUAUCUCCCAGUACGCCCCUGGGACUUCCUCCAGUGUUUCAGUUGAGGACAACAGUGGCCAGCAGAGCCAAGUGGCAGUCGAUGCCCCCUCCGACGCUGCUGUCUAUUCCUUCCAGUUCAGCAAGUGACUGGGUAAGCUGUUACACGCUGGGGAGGCUGUGUUGUGAUGGGAGAUGCCACUUCUCCCACCCUCCCCGCCUGCCUGGAACUGAAGGGAAUUUCUGGCAAUGCAGGUGCUCCUGGGGCCCGAGUCUGGAGGAUGCCUGUGGCCUGGCAAAGGCCUAACCUGGGCCAUUGUUUCCUGCAGGCCCAGGCCUGGAACAGGCAUUGAUACCCUCCCGCCCUCUGCUUGCUGUCCACUGCCCGUAGAGCCUGGGCGAGCCGUCACUUGGGGAUGUCGCAGUCUUGGGGAUCAAAACACUUUUUUCCUUUGGCAAAGAAAGUCUUGUGUCCCGCUGGUAGCUGCGCUGCGGUUUUCUUC